AUGCCUGUCGAAAACUUGGAAGAACAAGGAUUAGAAAAAAAUCCAAAAUUAGAACUUGCUCAGUAUAAAUUUCUGCUAACUUUACCAGAAAACAAAACCAACCAAGAAUUAAAGAAAAAAGUUAUCGAUGAAAUCGAAGCAGAUAAAAUGGCUCCAUGGUAUAAGGUCGUUUGUGAAGAGUUAGGAUGGCCAGUAGAUCAAAAACUUCUUGAUAGAAUGAAAGCUGAAAACACCAAGAAGAUUGAGGAGUUGGAUGCAGUCAUUGAGGACGCGGAGAAAAACUUGGGUGAGAUGGAAGUACGUGAAGCAAACUUGAAGAAAUCAGAGUAUUUAUGUCGCAUUGGAGAUAAAAAUGCAGCAGUUAGCGCCUUCAGAAAAACAUAUGAAAAGACAGUUUCGCUUGGUCAUCGUCUCGACAUAAUUUUCCACAAUAUUCGCAUUGGUCUCUUCUUCUUGGAUCAUGAUCUGAUCACAAGAAAUAUCGAGAAAGCAAAGACAUUAAUUGAAGAAGGAGGAGAUUGGGAUCGUCGUAAUCGCUUAAAAGUCUAUCAAGGAGUUUACUCAAUCGCAAUUCGUGACUUCAAAGCCGCCGCUCAAUUCUUUUUAGACACUGUGAGCACAUUCACCAGCUAUGAACUUAUGGAUUACACAACAUUUGUUCGUUACACUGUUUAUGUGGCUAUGAUCAGCUUACCACGAAAUGAAUUACGUGACAAAGUUAUCAAAGGAGCUGAGAUUCAAGAAGUUUUACAUCAACUCCCUGACGUCAAGGAAUAUCUCUUCUCCUUCUACAAUUGUCAUUACGCUGACUUCUUUAAAAAUCUCACUAAGGUUGAAGCUUAUUUACGUGCUGAUUAUAUGGCGAAUCCUCACUAUCGCUUCUUUGUUCGUGAAAUGAGAAUUCUUGCUUACACUCAAUUGUUGGAAUCUUACCGUUCACUCACUCUACCAUAUAUGGCAGAUGCAUUCGGAGUGAGUGUUGAUUACAUUGAUGCCGAACUUUCUCGCUUUAUUGCUGCUGGUCGUUUACAUUGCAAGAUUGAUCGCGUUGGACAAAUUGUUGAAACUAAUCGUCCCGACAGUAAAAAUUAUCAAUAUCAAGCAACGAUUAAACAAGGAGAUUUGCUAUUAAAUCGAAUUCAAAAAUUGAGUCGCGUUAUCAAUAUUUAA